AGGCGGCAGCGGGCAGGAGGAAGCUGCGUGGGCCGCGGCAGGGAGCGACCGACCGACGGACCGACCGACGGACCGAGCGACGCACAGCCGCACGACCGCCGCGCUGCCGGUCGGACACCGGUGAUCUGUCGGAGCUCGGUGUCGGAGAGUGAAUGAGGUUGAUGCUGCUCUGCUGCACCUGGAAGGACGAACGCAUGGGAGAGGAGGAAGCCGGGGGAAGUUUGCCCGUGUGCGCGGGAUGCAAACAGAGGAUCUACGAUGAGCAGUACCUGCAGGCCCUCAACACUGACUGGCACACCGUCUGCUUCAGGUGUUGUGAGUGCAGCGCUUCACUGUCCCACUGGUAUUAUGAGAAAGAUGGACGGCUCUACUGCAAGAAGGACUACUGGACUAAGUUCGGGGAGCUGUGCCACGGCUGCAAUGACCCCAUCACCACGGGCCUCAUCAUGGUCGCAGGCGAACAGAAGUAUCACCCAGAAUGCUUCACCUGUCUGAACUGCAGGACGUUCAUUGGUGAUGGAGACACGUACGCUCUGGUGGAGAGAUCCAAACUCUACUGCGGUCACUGCUACUACCAGACCAUCGUGACCCCGGUGUCGCUGCCGGACUCGCCAUGCUCGCGGAUCCCCCACACCGUCACCCUGGUGUCCAUCCCGGCCUCCGCCGAGGGCAACAACGGCCGCAGGGGGCGGGGCUUCUCGGUGGCCAUCGACCAGCCACUCAGCCCCACCAACGGCUUCAGCCCGGAAAACGGACGCACCGUCAGAGUCUCCCAAGUGGAUGCAGACUGCAUCAGUCCAGAUGUGAAGAACUCCAUCCAUGUGGGAGACCGCAUCCUGGAAAUCAACGGGACCCCCAUUCACAACGUCCCGCUGGACGAGAUCGACCUGCUGAUCCAGGAGACGAGUCGUCUGCUGCAGCUCACCAUCGAACACGACCCCCACAGCCAGGCGGGGGGCGGGGGCUCCACCGAGGUGGACGGCCCGCUGUCCAGCCCCCUGUCCGAGGGCCCCAGCCCCACCCUGCCCAUCACGCAGCCCCCCAACGCCGACCUCAGCAACCUGAGGUCCCGCAUCAUCACACGCAGCUGCAGCAUCGAUAAGUCUCCGGGCUCCAGCAAUGCAGCGUCGCCCAUCUCCCAGAGGAAGGACAUCAACCGGUCGGAGUCGCUGCGGGUGGUCUCCAACCGGACCCACCGCAUCUUCCGCCCGUCCGACCUCAUCCACGGGGAGGUGCUGGGGAAGGGAUGCUUCGGACAGGCCAUCAAGGUGACCCACCGGGAGACGGGGGAGGUGAUGGUGAUGAAGGAGUUGAUUCGCUUUGACGACGAGACUCAGAGAACCUUUCUGAAGGAGGUGAAGGUCAUGCGCUGCCUGGAUCACCCCAACGUGCUCAAGUUCAUCGGAGUCCUGUACAAAGACAAGAGGCUGAACUUCAUUGCGGAGUACAUCAAGGGAGGCACCUUGAGGGAGCUUAUUAAGAAAAUGGACAAUAACUAUCCCUGGAACCAGCGGGUCAGUUUUGCGAAGGACAUCGCUGCUGGGAUGACAUACCUGCACUCCAUGAACAUAAUCCACCGGGACCUGAACUCACACAACUGUCUGGUUCGAGAGGACAACACAGUGGUGGUGGCCGACUUCGGGCUGGCUCGUUUGAUGGUGGAGGACAAGCACGAGGAGAAGCUGACGCAGGGAAAGCUGCCCGGCCUGAAGAGGCCGGACCGCAGGAAGAGGUACACCGUGGUGGGAAACCCGUACUGGAUGGCUCCUGAGAUGAUCCACGGAAAGAGCUACGAUGAGAGAGUAGACAUCUUUUCCUUCGGCAUAAUGUUAUGUGAGAUCAUCGGCAGGGUGAACGCCGACCCCGACUACCUCCCGAGGGCGACGGACUUCGGCCUGAACAUUUCUGGCUUCCUGGAGCACUUCUGCCCCCCCGAUUGCCCCCGCACCUUCUUCCCCAUCGCUGCUGUGUGCUGCGACCUCGACGCAGACAAACGACCCGCGUUUUCCAAGCUGGAGGAGUGGCUGGAGAACCUGAAGAUGCACUUGGACAUCGGCUUGCCCCUCAUGUCUGAACUGGACCAGCUGCACAAAGCCUUCUGGGAGCACCACAGCGCCGCCCACCCCGAGAACGGCUUGCACACCCACCCCGAACACCCGGAGUGAGGCCGGGGCGCGCCGGGAGAUCGUUUGAAGAUUUACCCCCUAACGAGGAGGGCGGGGCCAGCGAUCGCCUGCCCCGGGCGGCGCGGAGGCCUGAGGAGUUGUGUAAAUACCCCCCUCCGGACCCGGGCUGGCUCCGGCCUUCACCAGUAGACUCAGGGGGGAAAAAAAAAACCAGGAUCUGAAAAGCCAGCCGUGUGAGACGCACACGCGUAUGACAGUCGAAUUAGCAAACGUCACCUGUGAUCGCUGCACCUGAAGCUAAAGUGGAACAUGUCGUAUGCAACCAGAGCCAACCUUCAAAUCAUGACUCAGCUUUUAAAUCGAGUAGAUCCAUCAUUCGUGGUCACGCCAGACUAAAAUCCUCUGUGUAGCGUGUAGACUCACUUGGAAAACUCUGCGUCGCGCAGCCGUUCGGCGGCGGCGCUUCAGGCCCCCUCAGUGUGUGCCGUCUGUGUUUGCAGGUGUUGUCGUGCGUUUUAUUUGAUUUGGUUCUUAUUUCGACUCUGAAUUCUUAAAAAAUGCACCUGCUGUCUCCGGGCUAAGGUUUGGAUCCACUUGAAACCUGUAAAGCUUUAUGAAGCUCC